CUUUAAGUUUCACACAAUUUUCACUACUCAGCCAGCGUGGAGUAUAUUUUUGUACAUAGGAAUUAAAUUCGUUUAUUGUGCACACAAAGAGCUACAAAUUAUCCAGACAUGUCCGUUCCCAAGAGCGGUGGCUUCAGCAACAAGGUGAUCACUGUGGUGGCCACCAAUGGCUUUGGACCCGAGUCGAUGACCGAGAUUAGCUACACGGACACAAAGGUGAUUGGCAACGGCAGCUUUGGAGUGGUCUUCCAGGCCAAGAUGGUGCCCAGCAACGAGCAGGUAGCCAUCAAGAAGGUCCUGCAGGAUCGCCGCUUCAAGAAUCGUGAGCUCCAGAUCAUGCGAAAGCUGCGCCACGAGAACAUCGUUACUCUGAAGUAUUUCUUCUACUCGAGCGGCGAGAAGCGGGACGAGGUGUACCUCAAUCUGGUGAUGGAGUUCAUACCCGAGACGCUCUACAAGGUGGAACGUCAGUACGCCAGGGCCAAGCAGACGCUGCCCGUGAACUACGUGCGGCUCUACAUGUAUCAGCUGCUCCGGAGCAUGGCCUAUCUGCACAGCAUCGGCUUCUGUCAUCGCGACAUCAAGCCCCAGAACAUGCUGCUGGACUCGGAGACGGCUGUCCUGAAGCUCUGCGACUUCGGCAGUGCCAAGCAGCUGGUGUCUGGAGAGCCGAAUGUGUCGUACAUCUGUUCGCGCUACUACCGCGCACCGGAGCUGAUCUUUGGGGCCACCGACUACACCACCAAGAUCGACAUCUGGAGUGCUGGCUGUGUUCUGGCUGAGCUGCUGCUCGGACAGCUGAUCUUCCCGGGCGACUCAGGCGUGGACCAGAUCGUGGAGAUUGUGAAGGUGAUGGGCACGCCGACGACCGAGCAGCUGCACGACAUGAAUCCCCACUACAAGCAGUUCAAGCUGCCGCAGCUGAAGCCCCAUCCCUGGUCGAAGGUCUUCCGCAUUCGCACACCGGCCGAGGCCAUCGAUUUGGUGUCAAAGCUGCUCAUCUACACGCCCAAUGCCCGCUCCAGUCCCAUGAUGGCCAUUGCCCAUCCCUUCUUCGACGAACUGCGUCAGGAUCCGUACCAGCUACUGCCAAAUGGCCGCAGCCUGCCGCCGCUCUUCAACUUCACCGACUACGAGCGAAGCAUCGAACCCAGUCUCAAUCCUCUGCUGCAGCCCCGAUCUGGUGAAAGUCCGCCCCCUGUCCGCGAUAACAUACCUUAUCGUGGUCGUCACACGGCUGGCCAAGAGCCAACCCCGAAAUCCGGGCCAAUCGUCAAGCCGCCAGCCCGAUUGUCUGCAAAGCUCCCUGAACAGACUUUCAAGAUUCUCGGUGGCCCGCCAGCAACAGUUCGGCAGGAAAUGGGCAACGGCGAUCACGUGGACCCGCUGGAUGACUCGAUGGAAACUGAAACUCUUGUCGGUUGUGAUGCUACCCUCUCCUAUGAAGGCAAUGACAGCGAGCCGAACGAGGAAGCGGUGGACUACGAGGACUAUGAGGGCCAUUCGAACAGCGGCGACAGCAACAACAUUGCCGACGAGAACGCGAAUGAGUCGGAUGAAUCGGAGGAGGACACCCUGGAAGAGGAAUCUAGCGAGAGCGAAGAUGAUUAAGCCA